AUGGCGUUAAAGCGGCACUUCUCUCGCGUCGGCUCCGCCGAGCGCUGCACAGAGACCAUCUUCACUGACCACCAACGACAGGUGUGCGAGUACGCGCUCGUCUACGCGGAGAAGAAGAACGACGCUCGACGGCGAAGGGCGUACUCGGUCUCCUUCACCGCCACGCAGAACGGCGACGUCAUCGUCCAGCUGCACCCGCACUCGCAGCUCGAGCACGCUGAAGCGCGGGCGGCAGCAGAGGGCCGCACCAGCGGCCGCGCCCAAUCUGGACCCCGGCUCGACAAAAACGCGCUCUCAGCGCGCGGCGGCGGGCCCUCACGCCAGUCUCGCUCUCCCUCACCGGACUCGCCGCCCGCCAAGCGGGCUUCCUCCGCCGACUCGUCCGGCUACGACACCGAUUUACCGGACGAGGUGCAGCAAGAGGCUGUACGCAAGGUCUGCGGCGCGCUCGGCAUGAGGGAGCAGUUCGAGGCGGCGAUGGCGGCGGGCGAGCUGCUCGAGAUGCUCGAGAGCUUGCCGCGAGGGGCGGUCGAGGCCUCCGUUCGGCUGAUGCGCGGUUACAACCGCACCCACGGGCGAGUGGCCAGAGCCCAUUCUCACCAGCCCUACCCCGCAGCGCGGCCGCUCGCCAAGCCCCGUCGAUGA